AUCCACCCCAACAGCUUAACAAAUAGGAUUAAAGCUUCCAUCUGCUCACCUGAGACGAAGCCACCCGGCGAGCUUCGUCCAUGUAGCUCUUCACCAAACGGCGUCUGGACAAGUGUGAGGGACGUUCCACAUGAGCUGAGGACGUGUGCUGCGGCCUUGGGUUUGAUAUGGCGGGAAAGCAUCGUGGGUUGUGGCUAUGGAUGUUUGGGCUGCUGCUUCUAUCUGGCUGUGUCGACAUGGAGUCAGGUGAUGGACCUGAGGAUUCUUCUGAAGACAUGCAGCUCCUGUUAAAACAUCACGGAGCUAUGACUCGCAGGAAAAGGAAUCUCAUGUUUCCCAGUGGAGUGAAACUUUGCAGUCAGGAGACAUUAGACCAAGCUGUGUCCAACCAUCUCAACUACUUUCACCUUAGAGUGUGCCAGGAGACUGUCUGGGAAGCCUUCAAGAUAUUCUGGGACCAGCUGCCAGAGCGUGACCAGUACCGGGACUGGGUGGGCCGCUGCAUGAAUGGCUCCAUUAACAUCAAAGAGAUAGGCACGUUCUUCAGUCAAUCGGAGGCGCACCUCAGCCUCAUUAGGAGCAGAGUUGGCAUGGCAGCGCCUAUGAGCAGUUCACAGAAUUUGCCAGGGAUUCCAGUUGGAGGACUUUUGAUCAACAGCCAGCCAGUUAAAGAAACACCUCCCCAUAAUCAAGAAGCCCCGGGUUGGACACCCUCGCCCUCUACACAUGAAGACGUCCUUGAGGGAGAAUUAACAGAGACUCCUGUGGAGUUGACCUAUGACUCUGUUGUCGCUGCUGUGCCAGGCGAAGCGGUAGGCUGUGGCUCCAACGUCGCAGGUCACUCUGACAAGACCACUAAGGUUCCUCUUGAUUCUAUUGUAAAGCUUAUCUCUAAGCCGACUACCCAGGUUCCACAAGAGGAUAGUAGUGCAGGGGUCACUGCUUUAACAGAGGAAUAUUUUUCUGAUACAUUUCAACCAGACGUGAGUGAAGAAACACAUUUGGAAAAAGAAAUACAUUCCAUGAAAUAUCUAACUGAAGUUGUGGAUAGUACAACAAGCAAGGAAGAGCCAUCGUUGGCUACUCAGGAGUUUGUCAAAUUAGUUGAUGAGGUACAAGAGGAAGGACCUGUUGAAGGUAUAGAAGAACGAGAUUACAGUCCAACUGAAGCACCCAUUGAACCUACAGAGGUAGAGAUUAGCCGAGAAAAUGUGGAAGAAGCGCAACUUUCAAUUGAUUUGAAGCUCAGGGAGGAAACAGACCUUUCGGGAGUAAAAUCUAUGGGAACUGAAAUUGAGGGUGAUUCUUUGGAGGGAACAGAUGACAUAACAGGCCUCACAGCAGGAGCCACAUCAGAAGAAUCUGAACCUGAAAUUGCAAUAAAGGCCAUUCAAAAGAACACUGAAAAGUCACAUCCUGAGUCGAUUGAAGAUGCAAGUCCAGUUAUUUCUCUGGAAAGUUGGGAAAAAAUAUUUCCAGGGACUAAUUCAGAGGACUCAACAGUGAAGGUGGAGUUUCAGGAAGAAUUAGAGGAAGGACAGCCAUCAGAAAUGCCAAUGCAGAGUUCUCCAUCUGAAGCUGAUAGCGCAGGUGAAACAGGAGUUUUUUCUGAAGUUGGGGAAGAGCUUCUAGGUGAAGAGCCUGGACCAGACAUCUCUUCUGAGGAUGAUGACCCCAAAGAAAAUGUCCAGACACCUCCCGCAGAGGUUAUCGCUGAUGAAAACCAGUCUAUCUUUCCCGAUGCAGUGAUGGGAGAAGGAAUGCAUACUGAUGCCCCAUUCCAUGAAACAGUUGUUAAAUCCACUGUUGUUACCAGUACGACAGAUGAGGCCACACCAGGGAACAUUGUGCAAGCCACCACAACGUACAUUGUGGAAUACAACAAUGGCAACUUCCCAGAUACCACAGAGCCACCCCUGAAGGCCGAUAGCAACUUACUGAGUUUCCCCUUUGAAGACCAGGAGAACUCACUUCAUAAUGAAAUCGAUGACACCUUCCUACGGCCUCUGAAGGACCAGAUGGUGGAACUAAGCAUUACCUUGAGAGAGGAAUCCUACAAUGGUGCCUUGAGAGAUCCAAGUAGCGUCCACUACCAGCAACUAGUUCGGCGCUUCACCCGCAGGGUUAGAGAAGCCUUUGAGAAACUGCCAGGCUUCAAGAAUGUCUUUGUCAUUGAAUUCAGGCCUCAAAAGGACCUGGAAAGGGGUCUGGUGGUUCAUGUCCACUAUGCCAUUACUUUGGCGGUGGACAGUGAUGGCAUCUCCAAUGCUACGAUGGAUUUCAUCACGCUGCAGAACAAUCUGGUGGAAAAGAGCUACCCUGCCGCUGCCGAAGAGCCAACAGUUGUUUACACCAUCACCGACUUCCGCAACUAUAUCACAGAAGCUCUUCAUAAAGACAACUUCCUUACCAACAGCAGCAUGGAGGCAAACUCUGAGCUGCUGUUGCUGGAGAACGAUGAGAAUUUGUUAGCUCCCGGGAACCCAACUAGUCGGCCAGCUGAGUUUUAUGACAACAUGGAUAACGUCCUUGCUGCAGAGCGACCACCCGACGCACCGAGUCAGGAGAUGGAGAACAGGGAUACUUUUCUGAAGAAGGAUGACUUCCUUUUAGACUCAUUUGACUUGAGGAAAGACACAAGGAAUGAAGCGGUGAGCGAAAAUGACGUUUUCAUGGUUGAUGAGAGUACAACAUUUCCAACAAUACCCGAGAGGAAUCCAAGCCUGCUGCCAAGCACUGGAAACUCUCAGAAAACUAAGAACGGCCUCGAGGUCAUUAUGGAUUAUGGAUCUGGCUCUGGUUUCUCAGGAGACGGGCAGGAUGGAGUUCUUCAGGCUUGGGAACUGGAAGAUGACUUGUAUGGUGAAAGCCACCUGGAUGUCCUGCCGCCACCAGAUCUGGAAGCGACAGAUGAGGAUGAUGGAAUCCAGGAAGUAGGGGAAGUUCUUGGUCAAUCAAUAACCACCAAAGAGGAUGACAACACUGGUUUAAGUUCCACCUCCUCUACACCUUUACGCACACAUUCUACAUUAGAGGACUCUAAGCCAAUUGGAGACACAGAGAAUCCGUUCUUGGACCAGGUUUUAUUUACACCACACAUCAGCACAAACCCUCGGUUCUUUACCACUGAUCCACCGGUAUUUUCACCCAAAGGCACCUUGACAGUCGAGUUGUCGGUGCAGACAGUGGAGGCAUCUGGCCUCUAUGAGGAGUCUUAUAUGACACAGGACCACCGCAAUCAACACAACCUAGGUUUUGCACCAGAUGCGGAGGAGACGAGAGAAGUCACAAAAGCUUCAAUUUUGCAUGAAAACAUUGAAGCUGCAAGUCAAGAGUCAAGAAACAAAGGAAUCAUUACUACUCAGGAGCCUGACAAGACCACACAGGAGCUACCUUUCACAGAAGUUCCCAAUUUGCCACCUCCAGAUACUCACCAUGAUGAGGUUGAAGUGUUGGAGGAGCAAUUGAUUCCGUUCUCUCAACCAAAAACGCCAGUCGUUCCCAACUUUGAAGAAGAUCUAGCAAUUGACCAAAUCCUAGUUGUCACAACAACUGCUGCCACUACUCCUGUUAUCACUUCUUCUCCUGUUAGUUCAGACACUAACCCUAUUGCCCUUUCACCAGAGAAAGAUUCACCAUUCACUCGAGUGUCAGACUCGGCACCUGAAGACGAGGACUCACUUAAUCCUGAGCACUCCAACCAUGAAGAACAUGAUAUAUUCAGCACCGUGUCUUCAGAAGUCAGCGGGAAAAAAAGUCCUUCAGCGGAUGACGUUUUAGGAACAAAUUUGGAAGUCUUUAAAGCAGCAACAGUUAUGCUUCCAGAACUCACUAACAGUACAGAAGCAAGUGAAAUCAUGGCAGUCAAGCGCAAUGUCUCUGAUGUGACAGGCAUUAAUGUGAGCCUUGACGUGUUUCAGCAUAGCAGCAUGGUAACGGAAAGUGACAGCAGUGGCUAUUCAAGUGGGGCACAGGGUUCAGAGCUGGAUGCGAUUGCAAUGCCGACUAGACCUAUUCAAGCCCUGACGGUGUUCUUCAGACUUCGGGUUACCAACAUGGCGUUCUCCAUGGACCUUUUCAACAAGAGCUCCCCUGAAUACAAAGCACUGGAGCAACGGUUUCUACAACUGCUAGUUCCAUACUUGCAGUCCAACCUAAACAACUUUCAGAACUUAGAGAUCCUCAACUUCAGAAAUGGCAGUAUUGUGGUCAAUAGCCGUAUGAGAUUUGGAAGACCAGUUUCCAAAGGAGUUGCCAACGUUGUCUUCCUUAUCCUUGAGGACUUUGCUAACACUGCCUACCAAACCAUGAACCUUGCCAUUGAUAAGUACUCUCUGGAUGUUGAAUCAGGGGACAAAGCGGAUCCGUGCAAGUUCCAGGCAUGUAACGCUUUCUCACAGUGUAUGGUGAAUCGGUGGUCUGGCGAGGCUGAGUGUGUAUGCGACGCCGGGUAUCUGAGCGUGGACGGCCUGCCAUGUCAGAGUAUCUGUGAUGUGCAGGAAGACUUCUGCCUCAAUGAUGGCAAAUGUGACAUAAUUGCUGGCAAGGGCGCCAUCUGCAGGUGUCGUGUAGGAGAAAACUGGUGGUACCGCGGCGAACACUGUGAGGAGUACGUCUCCGAACCACUGGUGGUUGGUAUUGCCAUCGCCUCUGUUGCAGGUUUCCUUGCUGUGGCUGCUGGGAUUAUCUUCUUCUUGGCCAGGACCCUACGUGAGCAGUAUGACACCGAGGACAUGGAGGAUCCUUUGAGACAAAGUGAAAGCGUACCAACACUGGAACGUGCCACUAAAUUUAAUCCUAUGUUUGAGAGCGACCCUGUCACAACUCAGUAUUACCGCCGCUAUGACGACGACCUACCCCAGUACAGCAGCCCCACUGUCACAUCAAAUGAGCUCAGUAGCGAGGAGGUCCGACACAUCUACCAGAACAUGGCGCUCACCAAAGACGAGAUCCAGGAGCGUCUAAGGAUUAUCGAGUUGUGCGCCAGGGAUCAACAUUUUGCGGACUUUGUGCGUCAGACACAAGUAUUCCUGGAACGACGGGGCAGCUCCACCACAUAACAAGUUGCAAGCUUAAGAGGGUGGCCCCAUAUACUCCUUUAUACCAGUCACCACUUUAUUUUUGCAUUCUAGAAUGUCAAACCUCUCUAUGAAGUAGACUGAACAUUAGGUUGACUAGCAUCUUUCUCCACAGAGAGCUGCCUUUGCCUGCGACUGUGAAAGUAGUGACUUGGUCGGUCACAUCUUCUGACAGGAAAGUGAUAAGUUUUUUUUUUUUUUCAAGACACCUUUUUACCAUUGACCCUUUUCAUAAUUGUCUCGGAUCUUUUGGCGAUCAUUGUCUGCUGGAGUGCUGUUAUCCGUGUUUUCUCUUUAAACUGGUGUUGCUUUUUCUCCCAUUGCUUCACAUUUCACUUCAAGGACUUGAUACACUUAAAGAUGAGAAAUUGCAGGCGCUAAAUUGUGUGUUCAAUCACUGUAACAGAUUGGUCAUGCUGUUAGCAACAGGUUUAUGACCGGUGGGGACUGUUGUAUCCAAAAAAAGGAUUUUGCACUUUAUGUAUCUUGGUGUUCACGUUGGAAAAAGAGUUAGUAAAAGACACACAGUCGACUUAGUCACAGAAAUUAAUGUAUACUGACAAUUUGGGGGACGACAGCAAGCACAUAAAAAUAUAUAUUUUCCUUGAUUCAACUCAACCUAUGUCCAAAGCAAUUGGACGCACGGUAUUCUAUGAUUUUGGGUACCAUUGCGUUAAGAAAGUACACCCAAAAAAAACAAAAACUCUGCGAGAGGCAAACAUCAAUUGUCGCAGAGCACUGGAAUAGCCCACAACCAAGGAAAUGCAGGGUAAACUGAGUUUUGUGAUUGCUGGCAUGACUGCUUUUGACAGGCUCCAAGUCAGCACUUAAAUCAUGGAAAUCAUCCAAAGUUGUAUUGCUGAAUUGACCAUUCAUUGUGAUAAUUUUUGUCUAUGGCAUAUCAGAAGUGUUUACACGAGCGGAAAAGAUCCGUUCUGCCCUUCGCCUCUCAUUUUGCCUGCACCACUCCAGCGUGUUUACGCACAGCGGUGCCGUUUGCACCUGCCUUCCAAAUGUCGUACCUGAAGACGGAAAAUCCACCAGCGAAAAUCCUUUUCAUGUUUGGCGAAUCAAAUUGUGCGUUCUUAAUAGCUCUAUUGCAUCUUCUCCUACCAGAAUCACGCAAAAUGAACUGCAUGGCAAUUUUGGUAGAGGAUAUCCUUGUUUCACCCAGUUAGUAAAUCAGCUUACCACUUGUUUUUGCAAGAGCCGUAUGUAUUUUUUCUUUGUUUUUUGCUUGUUCGUUUUGCUAUCAUGGAACAUUUUGCUUUCAUUUUCAAAGAUUUUUCUGACGCUGCUCACAAUCCACAAGAAAUUGUGGUGAUACUAUCUUCUUUUCAGAAACCUUUACUUCUGUUUUCCUGGGUUUGUUCUCUGGGCCAGCGUGACGCCGCCACAGUGCCUUGGUUGCCCUGUUAGCUUGUGGACGUAACGCAGCUCUGGGCCCUAGAAACAAACAGCAUUAGCUUUUAAACCUGGAUCAGUAUUCUUGCUCCUCUUUUCCGGUCCAGUCAGUUGCCUGCAAAGUGCAACCAUGUAACCUGCAUGUUUACAUCAGUCAUAGAUAAAGAGUAGCCUGGCGAUGCAUUAGCUUUUUUUUUUUUUUUUUUUUUU